AUGGAAAAGCCGGAAGACGCGAAAAGGCUGGGGGUAGAACCGAGCCCCUACUAAGCAAACUCAGACGCGCAAGCGCGUCGUUCACAGCGCCUGCGCACAGAAUCUGGAGAGGGGUGGGGAGCAGAAAGGAGCUUUUGGGCCCAGCGCUCCCACUGCCUCAGCUCCCCCGCCUCCUCCAGCUGCUCGCGGUCCCAAACAACCGGGUGCGCCGCCGGCGCUCUCCAUCCAUUGGCCUUUAGCCUUUUCCGUUUCCGCCCAGCCCUCCACAGUCCGCCAAUCAGCUUGAGCGUUUGGGAAAGGGGCCACCUCCGAGGCCGACGCUUUGGCUCCUCUGCCUCCCCCGCCUGCUGCCUCCGCUGCUGCCACCUCCUCCGUCAGGCAGGCGUCUGGGGCCCGAGGGGCGGCGGCGGCAGCGGCGGCGGCAGCGAUAUGGAGCCGGAGGCCGGCGGCCGAAGCAGUGCUCGCAGGCAUGGGGCUGGGCCCCCGAGCACUCCGCCGCCUCGGGAGCAGGAGCGGAAGCUGGAGCAGGAGAAGCUGUCCGGGGUGGUGAAGAGCGUCCACCGGCGGCUCCGCAAGAAGUACCGGGAAGUGGGAGAUUUUGAUAAGAUCUGGCGAGAACAUUGUGAGGAUGAGGAAACCCUUUGUGAAUAUGCUGUUGCAAUGAAAAAUUUGGCAGAUAACCAUUGGGCAAAAACUUGUGAGGGCGAAGGUCGUAUUGAAUGGUGUUGUAGUGUAUGCAGAGAAUAUUUCCAAAAUGGUGGGAAGAGAAAAGCACUUGAAAAAGAUGAAAAAAGAGCUGUACUCGCCACUAAGACCACUCCAGCCUUAAAUACACACGAGUCUUCUAAACUUGAAGGUCAUUUAACCAACCUUAGCUUUACAAACCCUGAAUUUAUAACUGAGUUGCUACAGACCUCAGGAAAGAUCAGAUUACUUGAUGUUGGCAGCUGCUUUAACCCAUUUCUGAAGUUUGAAGAAUUUCUAACUGUUGGCAUAGACAUUGUACCUGCUGUAGAGAGUGUAUAUAAAUGUGACUUCCUGAACUUGCAGCUUCAGCAGCCACUCCAGCUUGCACAGGAUGCUAUAGAUGCCUUUUUGAAGCAGCUGAAAAACCCUAUUGAUUCUCUUCCUGGAGAGCUUUUCCAUGUGGUGGUUUUCUCUCUCCUCCUUUCUUAUUUUCCAUCGCCUUACCAACGAUGGAUUUGCUGCAAGAAAGCCCAUGAACUGUUAGUGUUAAAUGGUUUAUUGCUUAUCAUCACACCUGAUUCCUCCCAUCAGAACCGUCAUGCUAUGAUGAUGAAAAGCUGGAAGAUUGCUAUAGAAUCCCUGGGCUUUAAACGUUUCAAGUAUUCAAAAUUUUCACAUAUGCAUUUGAUGGCAUUUAGAAAAAUCUCCCUAAAAACCACAAGUGACUUGGUUAGUAGGAACUACCCAGGGAUGUUAUAUAUUCCUCAAGAUUUCAACAGUAUAGAAGAAGAGGAAUAUUCUAACCCUUCCUGCUACGUUCGAUCAGAUAUGGAAGAUGAACAACUAGCAUAUGGUUUCACAGAGCUCCCUGAUGCUCCAUACGACUCAGAUUCUGGAGAAAGUCAAGCCAGCUCUAUUCCUUUCUAUGAGCUAGAAGAUCCCAUAUUACUUUUAAGUUAAUAGCAAAGCAAAAGGCCCUUUCAGUCCAGACUUCUAAACUAAUUCCUUACACUAAUCAGAAAUACUAACAUGAACUCAGUACUUAAAACCUGGUUUGCAUAGAAGAAAUGCAAAGGUUUACAGAGUUUGCUAUUUUUUUCUACUUCUGGAUUUUAAAAUUUAUUCUUAUAUAGAAAGCUUAAAGUUUCAUGCAGAGUGACUCCUGUCAUAGCAGAAACCACUGUUACUUUAGCAUUUAGCACUAAGAUACUAUAGAAAGGUACCUUUUUUCUUUAGUGCUAUUGUGAAAAUGAAGCAUAACUUGCUAUGUAUUUUUCUUUUUUAAUCUUUUCAGUGUUGACUUUAAACCAUUGCAAUGAGAAAGAUGUAGAAAGCUGUAGCUUGCACUUUGAUUACUCACAAGUUAAAUGUGACAGAGAUAGAUUGGUUUAGUUGUUUUGUGAUGCACUUACUCUCUUUUCUAGCUAAAUUGUUAUCUGUUACAGAAAGCCAUUUUCUGUUCAGUUUUGUCUGGUGAUCCAGCGUUUCCUCAACUUUCUGGAACUGAUUUUUUUUUUUUUUUCUUUUUUGCUCAUUUGGCAGCAUCAGACAUUUGGGGAAAGAUUUCCCCCAAGUAUGUAUUCUAAUUUCAUUAGUACAGUACAAUAAACACCAUUGCCAAAGUAGAAUGUUCAUAUAUUUCAUAUUGAUUUAGGCCUUGGUGUUAAGUAUAUUUAACUGUGAGAGUUCACUCUUACCUUUUUUAAUUUUAGGUUUCAUUUACAAAAUUUUCUAUUUAAGCAAGGAACAAUACUCGAUCCUGACCUGAAACACCUUUGUGAAAGGGUUUGCACUUGUAAGAGUUUAUGUUCUGUCUAGACCAACCUUAUUAGGGUUCUCACCUUUCCAUUAAGGAGGUGUGCUGCACUACAAGUCUGGAAUUAUAUAGAAAAUUUUUAAAUUAACCCUCUGCUAGCAAUCUCAUAAAAUGGUUUUGACCUUUCGGUAUUCUAGUGUCUAUCAAAAUUCUAGCAGAAAAUUUUCUUUGAAUAUAUAAACCAUUAGUUGGCUGUGGGAAUUUUCCCUUUCCACAUUGAUAAAUGACUUUCUGUGUUUCUGAAUCAGAAGCAAAUGAUUAAGGAGAAAAAUAUGUCCAAACAAGACAAGAUUAGUUUAAAUAGCUAAGAACAUUUGGUCCACGUUGUCUUGUCAGCCAGCAAUUGUCAUGUAAACUGUCGUUUUUAAGAGUGCCACUGUGUGGAUUUUUUUUUCAAGUGGUUAUUACAUUAAAAUUACCUCAUACUGAGGUUUUUGCACUGAAGUAUCACAGUUUCAGAAUCCAUGGUUAAUGUUAUGUGUGCGCGUGCGCGUGUGUGUGUAUGUUCUUCAAGGAAACUUGCAUUUUCAAUAGUUGAUCCUUAAAUUUCAUAAACUGCACUUCUUUACUCUGGUAAAAUUGAUGUUUUUGUGCUUAUUGUGAGUUGCUGUAGUUAACUUUGAAUGUCAGACUUUAUUUAGAAAUAUAAAAUUACCCUUUAAGAUACCAGUGUUUGGGUAUAUAUACCCGAUAUUUCAAAUUAAAUUUCAUGUUCUAAAUUAAUGAAAGUAACAGGAUUGUAAUUAACCUAAAAAGUCAGUUGAAUGAAUGCAAUAAACAAUGGUUGCUCAAAUAUGCCAAAAGUAACUAGAAAUGUUUCAUUUAUUUUCAAUAGCCUCAGAGCCCUUAAUAAUUAAGAUUUGACUUUUCUUUCCAAUUAAGCACUGUAGGUCCCAUCUUUAUCUCCCCCAAAAGAAGGGAAAAAAAAACCCACUCUAUUCAGGUAACACAAAACUGUGUUUACUAUGUUUUGGUAGUACCUCUUUUACCCAUAUUACCCAUUUCCUUUGAUUUGGCGAAAUAUGAUCUUAAGGGCAAAGAAAACAAUAUAUCUAAUUAAAGUGCUUUGAAAGUAAAUGAAAACCGGGCUUUUGAGAGGCUGGUGUAAGUAUGACCUUGGAGUCAGCCUUUGUGUUACAGCUAACAUGUUGGUGCUAUAAAUUUUUCUGAUUGUUUACAGAUGUUGAUUCUGCUUAUGCUCCAAAGUGUGCAUGAUGUAUUUUAAGUAGUACUUUAAAGAAAAGUCUCUUUAUAAAACCUACUCCCACUUAGUAUAAAUUUGUUUGGAUUUAUAAAUGUCAUUUGUUACUGUAAAUUCAGCUUCAAAUUAGGUUGGUACAGGAUUUAAACUAAUACAUAUUCCACCAAAGCCAGUUUAACAUUUAUGUGUUAAAAUAUAAGCAGUCCUGUGGCUUGGUGCCAGAAGAUAUAUGUAAUGACAAGAGAAGUUAACAGAGCCUUUUAAUACUGAAUGGGUACUCUUGAGAAUGAUUUCCUAUAGAUAUAAAUAAGUUUUAAGGGGUCUCCUGUCUCAGAACAGGAUUCUCCAAAAUAAUUUGGAGUUUCAGAAAUAAAUGAUCAUUUGAUUAGAUUCUUCAGGAUCAUGACUUGAUAAAAAAUGGUUUAUAUCAUAGUUGCCAAAUGGUGGGAGAUGGCAUAUCUGAAAAUGUAUGUUUGUGUUUGUUGUAUUUUUUCACAUUUUGUGAACAAAGCACAUUUAUUAAAAUUUUUAAAU